UUAAGAAGAAGAAGAAGACCACGACGACUCCUCCGAAUCCGAACGGGUUCUUUCCGCUUUUCGAACAAUGAUAUCUUCCUGAAACCGCUAGCUGGAAAACUGUUAUACAGAUAUGCACAGAAUAGGUUGUGUUUAGCACUGCUUUCAUGGAUAAGGCAAUUUUCUAACAAUGCGAGCUUUUCCAAAGCUGUGAAACGACCUAACCAAACAGAACACUGAGGAAAAAUUUCGGAAACCUCUCACAUCCAACUGUUAGCCUAUUUCGAUCUCUAUAAAGAUGCCUGAGGUUCGGGACCUUUCUGAAGCUUUGCCAGAGAUGCCAAUGGACCCAAUCACUGGAGUCGGAGUAGUAGCCUCUAGGAAUAGAGCACCCACUGGAUAUGAUGUGAUCUCAACAACAACAGAUGGCCUGGAUGCUGACCUGUGGAAAGAUGGACUUUUCAAAUCCAAGGUGACCCGAUACCUUUGCUUCACCAGAGUUUUCUCUAAAGAAAAUAGCCAUUUAGGUAAUGUUCUUGUGGACAUGAAGCUGAUUGAUAUAAAGGACACUUUGCCUGUGGGUUUCAUCCCAAUCCAGGAAACUGUUGAUACUCAGGAGCAGGCCUUCAGGAAGAGGCGACUCUGCAUCAAAUUUAUUCCACGAGAUUCCACAGAGGCAGCCAUCUGUGAUAUCCGCAUCCUGGGACGCUCCAAGCAGGCACCUCCUCAGUAUACCUUUAUAGGAGAGCUCAACAACAUGGGAAUCUGGUAUCGCAUGGGAAAUGUGCCUCGGGCCCAGGACUCCACACACACACAAACCAUCAACAACACCCAGAAUGUGAAUUCCUCCAGCUCAGGAUCAGCCCCACCAGCUCCCAUGCCUAAGCAUAUUUCCAUGACCCUCCCUGCCAGCUUCAGAGGGAAAAAUACUACCAGACCAGACUAUGAGCACCAGAACUCCAACCUGUAUGCUAUUACAGCAAUGGACGGGGUGCCUUUUAUGAUCUCUGAGAAAUUUGCCUGUGCCUCAUCUGAUCUGCAGCAGGUGGAUCUGAUGGGUAUUACAAUUAAAUCACUGGCUGAGAUUGAAAAGGAGUAUGAUUACAGUUUCCGCACAGAGCAUAGUGCAGCGGCUCGCCUCCCUCCAAGUCCAACACGGACCUCUCUGAGUUCUGAGGCCUAAGCAUCUCUUAUAUGAACAACAGUCAUCUCCACACUAUAGACAGCAGCCGGAGAGAAGUGCACACAACUACUGAGAACAUACCUGCAACGGGGAUAUUCAGUCUGUAAAUGAGAAGAAAAAUUCCCAACAAAAAUUGUGGAUUUUCUAACUUCUGGGACAUGUUGUAGGCAGUCUGUGUGCUGUUGAAAUGAAAAGGAAAUGGAAAACAAUGGAAUUCAGUCAGACUCGAACUACUACACGCAGAGCUGGGACAAGAAAACACAUUUUAUGCUCAU